AUGACAAUUGAUACCCACUUAUGCACUUGUUUAAACUUUAAAAAUACAAAAGCAACUUCCGUUUCUGGUGGAUCUCGCACUAUUCCAAUGAAAACAAACGUCUGUUUCUCACAGAACCUGGGCUUUCCGGCUGUUGACCCUAACAUCACUUUUAGCCCCUGUUUAUUGUCAAAGCGAUGCAGUUUUGAUUCUCAGUUUCGGUCUCGAACGGCAAGUAUUAGAGUCGCGGCUUCCGGUUCGGUCACCAGAAAUGAUUCUUCUACUUCUUCAGCUCAAACAGAGAGCGGAGUCUCUGUGAAUCCGGUUUACUUACCCACGCCGCCCAAUAGAGAUCUUAGGACUCCUCACAGCGGGUACCAUUUUGAUGGGACCACUCGCAAAUUUUUUGAGGGUUGGUACUUUAAGGUCUCAAUUCCAGAGCGGAAGCAAAGCUUUUGCUUUAUGUAUUCUGUGGAGAAUCCUGCCUUCAAGAAGAAAUUGUCGACAUUGGAAGUGGCACAACAUGGGCCUAGAUUUACCGGUGUUGGGGCUCAAAUUCUUGGUGCUGAUGACAAGUAUAUAUGUCAAUUCUCCGAAGAAUCUUCUAAUUUUUGGGGAAGUAGGCAUGAGCUGAUAUUGGGGAAUACUUUUGUAUCUGAGAAGGAUUCACGACCUCCUAAUAAGGAGGUUCCUCCUCAGGAAUUUAAUAAAAGAGUAUUAGAAGGUUUUCAAGUCAGCCCAUUGUGGCAUCAAGGUUGUAUUUAUGAUGAUGGCAGAACAAAUUAUGUUGAAUGUGUGAAAACUGCACGUUGGGAGUAUAGUACUCGCCCUGUUUAUGGAUGGGGUAAUGUUGGGUCUAAACAGAAGUCUACGGCUGGUUGGCUGGCAGCUUUUCCUGUAUUUGAACCCCAUUGGCAAGUAUGCAUGGCAGGCGGACUUUCAACAGGUUGGAUAGAGUGGGAUGGUGAAAAGUUUGAGUUUCAGAAUGCCCCUUCUUAUUCGGAAAAGAAUUGGGGUGGAGCAUUCCCCAGAAAGUGGUUUUGGGUUCAAUGUAAUGUCUUUGAAGGUGCAAGUGGAGAAGUUGCUUUGACUGCAGCUGGUGGGUUGAGGCAACUACCUGGACUGUCUGACACCUUUGAAAAUGCUGCAUUGAUUGGAGUGCAUUAUGAUGGAAUUUUCUAUGAAUUUGUGCCGUGGAAUGGUGUUGUAAAUUGGGAAAUUGCUCCAUGGGGUUACUGGUUCAUGGCUGCAGAAAACGAGACACAUGUGGUUGAAUUAACGGCAACAACAAAGGAUCCUGGUACUACCUUGCGGGCUCCAACUUCAGAAGGUGGCCUAGCUCCAGCUUGUAAAGAUACUUGUUUUGGGGAGCUAAGAUUGCAGUUAUGGGAACGAAGACAUGGCGGCAGUAAGGGAAAGAUGAUAUUGGACGUUACAAGUGACAUGGCAGCGGUGGAAGUAGGAGGAGGACCAUGGUUCAAUACAUGGACAGGGACGACUGCAACACCAGAGCUUCUUAAACGUGCUCUUGGUGUUCCUGUAGAUGUGGAUGGACUUUUCGGUUUUGCUCCAUUCUUCAAGCCACCUGGUCUAUAGCCAGUUGCUACGCUAGGGAAAGGAUGCGUGAUAUUUAUGUAAAUGAAUACCCAUUCUGGAAGGCUGUAUGGCAUAGCUUAAUUACAGUGCUUGAUUUUGGGGAAAAUUCUUGGAAAAAUCAAUUUUAGGGUUC